AUGCAGCUCUCCACCCUGCUCUUCCUGUUGCUUCUGAGCGUCUAUGCUUUCUGUUGGCCCUAUGUCGAGUCACUGGCUGGGUACAAUCUCAACGAGAACAUAUCAGCUGAAGCCCCAACCGAAUAUUGGGGAGCAUGGCCAGACCAUAAAUACCAUCCUUCACCGGAAAACUGGCGGUUCCCUGUCUAUACAAUAUUUCUGGACCGAAUCUCCAAUGGUGACCCUACGAAUGAUGAUAUAAACGGUACCACUUUUGAGCAUGUGGUGGGAUCUAAUCAGAUGCGUCACGGUGGGGACCUCGAAGGUCUCAUAGAUACACUAGACUACAUCCACGGAAUGGGAUUCAAAGCCAUUUAUUUCGCAGGCACGUAUCUAAUUAAUCUACCUUGGGCCUACGAUGGCUACUCCCCAGCUGAUACCACUCUUCUCGACAUGCAUUACGGCACGUUAGAGGAUUGGAGGCGAACUAUCACAGAAAUCCACAAGCGGGAUAUGUAUGUACUGGUGGACAAUACACUGUCGACGCUCAGCAACCUCAUUGGAUUCAAAGGCCACCUGAAUGAUUCCGCAGACUUCAAACCAACCGAAUAUAACGCCCAAUGGGUCAGUCAGAGACAAUAUGCCGAUUUCCAAUUUAGGAACGAAUGGAAUGAAACAUGCCACUAUCCCAAAUUCUGGUACGAGACGGGGUAUCCUUUGACAACCGGUGGAAUUGAAGAUUUGAAAGGCUGCUACAAUAGUGACUUUGAUCAAUACGGAGAGCUCGAGGCGUUUGGGAAUUUUCCCGACUGGCAGCGUCAGCUCACAAAGUUUGCCUCAGUCCAGGAUCGCCUACGUGAAUGGCACAAGCCUGUCCGCGACGUUAUCACACGGCAUUCCUGCCUUCAAAUCGCAAGCCUAGACAUCGACGGAUUCCGCCUGGAUAAGGCAGUACAAGCAACUCUCGAACCUCUGAGUGAAAUGACCGCUAUAUAUCGUGAGUGCGCGAAGAAAUUCGGCAAAAAUAAUUUCUUCCUUCCCGGAGAGAUAACCUCUGGAGACACAUUUGGCAGCCUCUACCUUGGUCGCGGUCGGCAGCCAAAUAUGCGCCCAGACUCCACGAGUGCUGGUGUUCGACUGACAAAUACUUCGGAUGGAGUUUUCAUGAGAGAGAAUGGUCUGCAAGCACUUGAUGCCUCGGCAUUUCACUAUACAAUCUAUCGUUCAAUGACACGCUUCCUGGGAAUGGACGGUAAUCUUGUUGCGGGAUUUGACCUGCCUACCGAUUUCAUUGAAGCCUGGAAUGCGAUGCUUGUAACAAAUGAUUUUAUCAAUGCAUUCACAGGGGAGCUUGAUCCCCGGCAUAUGUAUGGCGUCUCCAACCAAGAUAAUUUCCGUUGGCCAUCAAUCAAGAAUGGCACGGAAAAGUAUCUUCUAGGCCUCAACAUUGUCACAUUGGUGCUUCCGGGAAUCCCUCUCAUCUUAUGGGGCGAAGAGCAGGCAAUGUAUGUGUUCGAUGCCACUGCAUCGAACUAUCUGUACGGCCGGCAGCCCUUGUCAUCUCAAACCGCAUGGUGGACAAAUGGAUGUUUCAACUUGAAUACAACAAAAUUCUACGAUUUUCCUAUCGAAAAAGGACGCGUUGGCUGCAACGACAUUACCGUCACAUACGAUCAACGAAAUCCCGCCCAUCCUGUUCGUAACAUAAUGAAGCGAAUGUUUGAGAUUCGGAACCAUUACCCGGUUGCAAACGACGGUUUCUAUCUUGAAACUAUCUCACAACUCACAGAAGAUAUCUUCCUUCCUGGCUCGUCCACCACCCCCACUGUCACUGGCCUAUGGUCAGUCUUGCGAAGUUACUUCCCCGGUGUCCAAACAGAUACAAUCUUGGGUAACCAAACUCUAUGGCUCGUGUACCAAAAUGGAAACUCGACGAAAUCUUUUGGUGGCAGCUGCAAGAACAAAACUGGUGCUUUGUUGUCUCCAUUUGAUGCAGGGACCAAGUUGAAGAAUCUCUUCUCUCCUUAUGAUGAGCUCACUCUGGAAGAUGGUCCCGACAACAGUAACUAUGGAUGCGUCCGCCAAAUGAAGUUGCUUCCAUGGGAAUACCGAGCUUACGUACAGAAGGAGAAUUUCAUAGAGCCUGGACCUAGCGUCACUGAGUUCUAUCCCGGCCAUGAUGCUCGGUUGUUAUCGUCAAAAGACGCGGCUGAUACCAUCCCCGUCCAGCUUGGAUAUUCCAAAGCAAUGAAUUGCGACAGCAUUACUAAUGCCAUUCUCCUAAAUUCCACGACGGAAAAAGGCAUUGUCUCCUCUCUUGAUACGUCCAGCGUGAAGUGCGCCAACGUAACUACAAGGACGACCGGGAACAAUUUGAUCGGAGAGAUCCCGACCACUUGGAUAUGGACUGCAAACCUAAGCAACGUCUAUCACGGAAUCCAUAAACUGACCGUCACGAACGUCUCCACAUCUGGAAUGUACACCAAUUCGACCGAUAGCUUUCUGCUCCGCGUUGGCGCUCAAGACAAUCCUCUAGUGUCCCCGAUGUCCAAUUACUCUACCGGCCUAGUCCACAAAUCUGACGGCAAAUUUUACGUCCAGCACAAAGCCGCUGGAGCUGACGGCUUCCGAUAUUCAUCUGAUUUCGGGAGCACCUGGUCCGAAUGGAUGCUGUAUUCGGGCGGCAACACGACUGUUACCACCCCCACUUUCGCCGGAACAGACAAACAGACUUGGACGGGAACGCACAUCCGUGUCCAAUAUUUUUCAAGGCUCACUGGAAGCAGUGAUUACAUCCAAGAAGGAGAUUACGACUGGGAAGGAAAUGCAAGUCGAAGGUUCCCUCAUUUGUGGUUCAACGGUCCGUUUAAUCAGUAUGGUUACGACGCGGGACUGGACAACAAACUGCAAUUUGACUCCAAAACUUCGCGCUGGAAUUUCGACUUCGUCCAUGAUUGGCCAGCUGUGGGACAAAUAAACGUCUGGGGUGUAGGUCCCAAGGGUAUUCCCGACAACACCGAGGUCUACGGUGACGUGGGAAACUCCUCCACAAUCCUAGAGCUACCUCCAUCUUACCUCGCGUCCAACGUGAUCAACAUGACCAACUCGCCUCCAUUCCCAUACCUUGGCUACAGAAUCUCUCUCAAUGAUGGUAACCUGAGAUACGAGCUCAUUCCCAUCGGAUCUGGAUGGUCGCAGCUCGCACUCUACAUCCUUCUCUGGCUUACUCCGAUUCUAAUGGGCCUGGCUGGUGUUUUUAUCUUUAUUCAAACCUUCUAUCAAGUGAAGCUCAACAAAGACGGAAAUUUUGUCAAGGCCAAGAAACUGCCGGUUCUGCUUUGGCAUACAGUCAAGGACAAGCUUUCUCGGAAGGUUGAUGCGGUGAAACUGGUUUCAGAAAAGGUUGCACCAACAGAUAUUGCUGUGGCUGAAGCUAGCGGCCACCGACGCACAUUUCUGAUUGCUACCAUGGAGUAUGACAUCCAGGACUGGGAUAUUAAAGUCAAGAUUGGUGGCCUAGGUGUCAUGGCUCAGCUUAUGUCCUCAAACCUAAAACAUCAAAAUCUCAUCUGGGUAGUGCCAUGCGUCGGUGAUAUCGAUUACCCUGUUGACACGCCUGGUGAGCCCUUUAGGGUGACGAUUCUGGACAAGCGCUACUUGGUAAAAGUGCAAUACCACACCGUCGAAAACAUUACCUAUGUCCUGCUCGAUGCUCCGGUUUUCCGACAACAGACUAAAGCGGAGCCAUAUCCAGCCCGAAUGGAUGACCUUGAAAGCGCAAUCUACUACUCAGCUUGGAAUCAGUGCAUUGCGGGGACAAUGAAACGUGCCCCCGCUAUUGAUGUGUACCACAUGAAUGAUUUCCAUGGGUGCGUAGCACCUCUGUAUCUGCUACCGACGCGAACUAUCCCAGUUUGCCUGUCUUUACACAAUGCAGAAUUCCAAGGUCUUUGGCCACUGAGAACUCAGAAAGAGAAAAAGGAAGUAUGUGCUGUUUUCAAUCUUCCACUCGAAAUAGCGACAAAUUACUGCCAAUUUGGAAACGUUUUCAAUCUGCUCCACGCCGGCGCUAGCUAUGUGGGAUCCCAUCAGCGCGGCUUCGGUAUAGUGGGUGUAUCUCAAAAGUAUGGAAAGCGCUCUUGGGCCCGGUAUCCAAUAUUCUGGAAUCUCAACAGCAUCGGCAGUCUUCCUAAUCCAGAUCCCUCGGACACUGCCGCCCUAGAGGAAGAUCCAACCGUGCAAGUUCCGAUUCAAUCGGACUCCGACUUUAUCCGUGAUAAGCGUCAGGCACAGAACUGGGCUGGUCUGAACGAGCAGCCUAAUGCCGACUUGCUAGUUUUUGUUGGACGAUGGUCAAAGCAGAAAGGGAUAGACCUGAUUGCGGAUGUAGUACCCGGGAUUUUGUCAGCCAAUCCUUUGGUACAAGUCAUCUGUAUUGGUCCCAUGGUUGAUCUUUAUGGCAAAUUGGCUGCUAUCAAGAUGGAGCGCAUCAUGGAACUAUACCCAGGCCGUGUUUUCUCGAGGCCAGAGUUCACGAUCCUCCCUCCCUAUGUGUUUUCCGGUGCCGAUUUUGCCUUGAUCCCUUCUCGCGAUGAGCCAUUUGGUUUGGUUGCCGUUGAAUUUGGUCGGAAGGGUGCUCUUGGGAUCGGUUCCCUCAUCGGAGGCCUUGGACUUAUGCCUGGCUGGUGGUAUACUGUGGAGUCAGAUUCAACUCGCCAUCUCUUGCAACAGCUGAAGGCUGCCAUCGAGUCUGCCUUGGCAUCAUCCCCAGAGGUCCGGCAGGAGAUGCGUGCAAAUUCCGCCAAGCAAAGGUUCCCCGUCCUUGAGUGGGUGGAAAAGCUGGAAAAGUUGCAGCGAACAGCAAUCCACAUCCAUCACGCCGAAAAUAAAAACAAGAUUUCUGUCUCAGUGCAAGAGUCUCAGACCAAUUCCAAUGUGGACAAUCUUCAGUUCUCGACCACACCCCGCGCAGUAUCCGACCAACCUAUCGCAGGGGCUUUGGAUACGCCACCAGAAGACUCACAUCCUCCUCUGUUAGAGGUGCCAAUAGCCAACCUCGAAAUGGCGGAUCAUUCUGGCCGUGAUAAGAAUAACAUUCUGGGUCGUAUAAUGUCAUUCGGUCGACGAUUUAGGCCUGAACAGGGCAAAAGCCAUCUUGCCAAGAAUUCUCUGCGAGAGAGUCAGAUGUUUGAACAUCCCGUCGAUUCUCAUAUCGAUGUGGAUGGCACAACCGCGCCACCGGAAAGCUUUAUCUCUUCCGAGGAAGCGAUAGCGGCAGUGAAUCAGGCUCUCAGCUCCCAGGAUAGGGGCACAUUCCCAGGCGAUGACAGGGGUCAGUCUGGCGUUGGCUUCAGCUCAUCAACCCCAAACUCGUCGUGCUUUGUCUCUGGCGACCCUUCUCCGGCGAGAACACCAUCUGAACCUGCUGAUGAUCCUAAUCAUGGUAAAGUUGAGCCCAACAUCCACGUUAAAAAUAUAUCAGUUUUAUCUCUACCCUCCAUCUUUGAGGAUCACGACCAACCCAUCUUCAAUUUGCAAAAGAUCGACCCGACUUUUACUGACAGCAUGGGCUACUUCACACGACACUUUGAAAAGUCGCUCACCAAUCUCAACAAGAAGAACUCGAUAACACAUCAUUGUAUCGAAGCCUACCUGAUGAAAAGUGAAAGAAAGUUCUUCAAUAUGUACACCGACGCGCAAUUGAGGAAGCAGCCCAAAGAGGGUCAGGGCGCACCGAAUGAAGUCGGCUUGAAUAAUGUUGCCAACGAUAGAUUGGAUAACCAAGCCACUACUCUGUCAGACUCAAAUAGGUCUCAUGACAUCGAUCAAUGGCUCUCACGUCUUGGCUACAAGAGGCCUAUUGCUAUUCAGAGAUUUAUGCGAUGGCGUAUCGGAAAUUGGCCUGUUUAUGCAUUGUUCUUGGGUCUUGGGCAAAUCAUUGCAACAAACUCGGCGCAAAUCACUCUUUUAGUAGGCCAAAUCGGUGAAAAUGCGGUCAAGCUCUAUGUUAUUGCUGCUGUCUACUGUGUCUCCUCCAUUAUUUGGUGGUUCCUAUUUUACAGCUUCCCAUCCGUGAUAGUUCUCACUGUUCCGUGGUUCAUAUACGCCACGGCAUUCGUCAUCCUUGGUAUCUCACCGUUCGGCCUCUCGAUUGUUGGCCGUGCAUGGGCGCAGAAUAUUGCCGCAGGCGUCUAUGCUACUGCCUCAUCUAGCGGCUCCUUGUUCUUUGCGCUAAACUUCGGCGAUCAAGGCGCUGUCCCCGUGAAAGACUGGAUGUUUCGCGCUAGCUUUAUACAAGGUAUUCAACAGCUUUAUACAGUGGCCUUGUGGUUUUGGAGUUCUAGAGUCACCUCUGUGGAAGUUGGAGGCAUUUCAAAAGCUGCCUUAAAUACUUGGAAACUCACAGCUGUGGCGAUUCCUAUUGCCACAAUUUGUUUCACUGUGGGUGUCCUCCUUGUACUCGGCUUACCAAAAUACUACCGCCAAGCGCCGGGAAAGACCCCCUUCUUCGACACUUCGCUUUUCCGCCGACGCAUCGUUCUCUGGUUCUUCUUCAUGGUUAUCAUCCAAAACUGGUUCCUCUCCGCAGUGUUUGGUCGGAACUGGUCAUUCCUUUGGUCCUCUCAACACACCAAAUCGUGGCAGGUUCUCAUCUUGGUGAUCUUUUUCUUUAUCUUUAUUUGGACCCUUGCACUAUACAUCUUCCGUGUCUUGUCAAAAGAACAUAGCUGGAUCCUUCCUGUCUUCGGUCUGAGUCUCGGUGCACCACGCUGGGCGCAAACAUGGUGGGGAGUAUCUAACAUCGGAUACUAUCUGCCAUGGGCCGGGGGUCUGACUUCCGGGGCCCUUGUAUCGCGAUGUCUCUGGCUCUGGCUUGGCGUUCUUGCUGAGAUUCAACAAGUCGGUCUUGGGAUGAUUCUCUUGCAGACAUUAACAAGGGUUCACGUCUGCUUUGUCCUAUUGGCUGCACAAUCUCUUGGGUCCAUCGCUACAAUUUGUGCCCGUGCAUUUGCACCUAACAGACUUGGUCCAGCGGGUGUCUCUCCCGAUGUUGGAUCAUCGCUGCAUAAAGUUGGGAAUGCGUGGUUCUGGAUUGCCCUUUUCUUCCAGAUCCUAGCUAGCUUUGGUUUCCUUCUGUUUUACAGACGAGAGCAACUUCACAGGCCAUAA